AUGGUCAGAUUCACGGAAGGGAUCCACAUUACCCGAGAAGAAGCGAUGAAAAAGCAUCAGAUUCUCACGAAGAUCGGAGAUGUGAAAUACCGCGACGAACAGACUGUCCUGGGUAUCGAAAUCGACUCUACGAGCAAGGAGGAGAUGGAAGUCCUGUCAGAGGAUGUGGAAAACAACUCGUCAAUGUGGGCGGGGUUUGGGGCAAACAAAGAGGGAGAUGGAUAG